GAGAGCGGUAAUAACAGCAUAAAACGAGAUGGACAGACCAACGAUGUAUACAGUGUGACAGCUAAUCCAGUGCAGGGACGACAAACGCGGCCUUAGAGAAAAGGAGAGAGAGAAAAAGAAAGAGAGAGAGAGAGAGAGAGAGAGCGAGCAAGCGUGAAAAGGAAAAGUGGGCGUUGGAGAAGGAACGCGACCGUGAGACCGCUUGACGCAGCGAGUGAGCAGAAGAGAGACAGCGCGAGCAAGUAGUACAAGUAGUAGUAAUGGCUAGUACGAGCGUAGUAGGAAGUGAGAGAGGUGGCCGAGUUUGACUGAAGGAAAGAGAGAAAGCGAGUGAAGAGCGCGUUUCACGAGAGGGAAGAAGAAGGAAACACGCGCGAUAGAGUCGAGCAGUCGAUGCCGGGAGAGCGCGGUGUGCGCGCCGUGAAGUGAGGUAGAUUCGCGCGCCGCUACCGCGCAGAGACAAGGACGGUGCGAGCGAGAGAGAGGCAGAGGGGGCUAGACUACCGGUGUGAAGUUGGAGCAAGACGCGCGCCGAUAGAGGAAGCGAAAGCGCAGCACCCGGCGGGACCAUCGAGAGGGAGAAACGGGCCGAGAGAAGGGUUGGAGGUGGAGGAGAAGAGGAAGGCUACCUCCACAGUACCGGAGUGCGCUAUCUAGCACCUAGGCUCGCGUUGGACAUCGCAGAGUACGCUAGACGACGGCUGGAACGAAGCGCGCGCGCCCAAGUCGACCGAGUGCAGGCUGCCGUUUGUCUCUCUCUCCCACUCUCAUUCAAUCCCUCUCUUCCCCCGCAGCUCCUCUCCGCUCGCUCCCUCCCAUCGUCCGUCAAGCGUCGCGCGCGCGAGACACACCGUCGUCGGUCGGUGCGCCGUGUGACAGCUCACGCGCGCGUUCUCUUCUCCGUGCCGACGUUCGAUCGUCUCGUCAUCGUCGUCGUCGUCGUCGUCAAGCAGCCAACUUAACCGCGGGACCGAGUGCCGAAAGUAGACGCGGCACCGCGCGUUUGACAGGCUCCGGAGAGACCGGCAUCCCCGGUGACGAGCCGCGCGAGUAGCUCGGCAUCCCACCGUCGUCGACAUCAUCAUCGUCGGCGAGCCGUUGUCGAUUGGUCAUCGUCAUCAGCGGCGGCACCAUGGCGGAUGAUCUGGAAAACUACACGUGCGAGGAUUCCCUCGGGCCCGGCGACACCAACACCGUCUUCGGCAAGAAGCUACGGGGCCGGAAAGGUGCCCUCAAGAAGAAGAAUGUCUACGUCGUCAAAAAUCACAACUUCAUGCCGAGAUUCUUUAAGCAGCCCACCUUCUGUAGUCACUGCAAGGAUUUCAUAUGGGGCUUCGGGAAACAGGGAUAUCAGUGCCAAGUCUGUAGUUUCGUCGUUCACAAGCGAUGUCACGAAUACGUGACCUUCACGUGUCCGGGGGCCGACAAAGGAGCCGACUCAGAUGACACACGGACGAAGCACCAUUUCAAGCAACACACCUACAACAGCCCCACCUUCUGUGACCACUGCGGUAGUCUUCUCUAUGGUGUCAUCCACCAGGGCAUGAAGUGCCAAGCAUGCGACAUGAACGUGCACAAGAGGUGCGAGGAGAGCGUGCCGAAUCUAUGCGGAUGCGAUCACACCGAAAGACGUGGUCGUAUACACCUGCACAUCACGUGUUCCGGUAGCAAGCUCAAUAUAGAAGUGCGGGAGGGAAGAAAUCUCAUUCCGAUGGAUCCGAACGGGCUGUCGGAUCCUUACGUUAAGCUGAAGCUAAUCCCGGACUCGGACAACGUGAAGAAGAAAACAAAGACAAUCAAGUCGUGCUUAAAUCCAGAAUGGAAUGAGACAAUCAUCUUCGAUCUCAAGUCCGAGGAUAAAGAUAGGCGGCUGUUGAUCGAAGUAUGGGAUUGGGAUCGGACGUCCAGGAACGAUUUUAUGGGUUCCCUGUCCUUCGGCAUAUCAGAGCUUAUCAAAGCGCCCGCGAGUGGUUGGUUCAAGCUGCUCACCCAAGAGGAGGGAGAGUUCUACAAUGUACCUGUUCCUGAGGAGGGCGUCGAUCUCGCCGAGCUUAAAACCAAAAUGCGGAAAACUUCGGUGACGAAGAAGACACAUACAUCCCAGGAUAAAGACGUGCCGCAUAACAUGGGCAAGAGCGAUCUGAUACGAGCCAGCGACUUCAACUUUCUGAUGGUACUCGGCAAAGGUAGUUUCGGCAAGGUAUUGCUGGCGGAGAGGAAAGGCACCGACGAACUGUACGCCAUCAAGAUCCUCAAGAAAGACAUCAUUAUCCAGGACGACGAUGUGGAAUGCACGAUGGUCGAGAAACGCGUGCUCGCGCUGUCGAGUAAGCCGCCUUUCCUGGUGCAACUACAUUCUUGCUUCCAGACGAUGGACCGUCUGUACUUCGUGAUGGAAUACGUGAACGGCGGCGAUCUGAUGUACCAAAUACAGCAGUGUGGCAAAUUUAAAGAGCCGGUGGCAGUAUUCUACUCGUCCGAGAUUGCGAUCGGUUUAUUCUACUUGCACGCGCGCGGAAUCGUCUAUCGCGACCUCAAGCUCGACAACGUUCUGCUGGAUCAGGACGGCCACAUCAAGAUCGCGGAUUUCGGUAUGUGCAAGGAGGGCAUCACCGGUGACAAGACCACCAAAACCUUCUGCGGCACGCCCGAUUACAUAGCGCCCGAGAUUAUCUUAUAUCAGCCUUAUGGCAAGUCCGUCGAUUGGUGGGCUUACGGUGUGUUGCUGUACGAAAUGUUAGUGGGUCAGCCACCGUUUGACGGCGAGGACGAGGAUGAAUUGUUCUCUGCGAUCACGGACCACAAUGUCAGUUAUCCGAAGAGUCUGUCCAAAGAGGCCAAAGAAGUUUGUAAAGCGUUCCUCACGAAGAAUCCCAGCAAGAGACUAGGCUGCGGAAUGCGCGGCGAAGACGACGUCCGAAGUCACGCGUUCUUUCGACGUAUCGACUGGGAAAAGAUAGAAAAUCGCGAAGUACAGCCACCCUUCAAGCCAAAGAUUCAACACCGUAAGGACGUCAGUAAUUUCGACAAACAGUUCACCUCGGAAAAAACGGACCUGACUCCCACAGAUAAGCUGUUUAUGAUGAACUUGGACCAGACGGAAUUUAUGGGCUUUUCGUUUCUCAAUCCCGAGUUUGUGCAACAUAUUUAAGCGAAUACUAUCUCAGGUCCGUACCCACUCUCCACUUCAUUCCUCGUCGUUCAUCUUCCUCUUUAUCGCUCUCUCAUUCUCCUCUCUCGCUCUCUAUCAGUUUCUUUUUCGUUUCUCUCUCUUUCUCUCAUUCUUUCUGCCUCUCUCUCUCCCUCUCCCUCUCCCUCUCUCUCUCUCUCUCUCUCUCUCUCUCUCUCUCUCUCUGAGUCUCGCUCUAACAUUCUCGUGAAAGUGGAGAAAGCGAGAACCUAAGACACUGUCAUUUCCGAAUCUUCUUAAUAAGAGCGCGAGACUUUGAUGUAUUUGUAAGUAGUCGCGUGCGAUAAUCGCGUAUGUACCAUUGCGCUGUAAAGAAGAAAAUUGAGGAAGAAAGUAGGUGCUGAAGAUUCGUCGAACAAAUCCGCGAUAGCUGUCGCAAGAGAAAGAUGAAGUCGACGGACGGAGAAAUAGCGCGGGUAAAAAUGUUGCGUUCCUGCAUAGCAGAAAAGAAGAAAGAAAAAAAGAAGAAAAUGCGACGCCAUCGGCAGGAAAGAAAAUUUCAAAAUCAAUGUCUUCGUUUUCUGCGUAAUUACUAUGCAUUUACUUCAGUAGUCUCUACUGUCGCCUUCCAGAGUAUAUAUAAUAUAUAUAUUGGACGAAUGAAAAAAUGAAUAUAUGAUUAUAUAUACAUAUACAUACAGUCACUUUACGCGGUAUAUAUUGCAUAUAUAUAAUAUAUAUAUACAUUAUACAUAUUAAAUUUAUAUCAAUAUUUCGUUAACGUUGCACUUCUCGUCGGUUUAAUCUUCUUAAGUAGCGGAUCUUUAGAGCCGGGUCCUUAGAUUCUCCGGAUUUACGACGGGUUAAGAAUUUAUUAGUGCUACGUCGAGGUCGACUGUCAUAUUGACAGACACACACCACACACACACACCACACACAUACCACACACGUACGUACGUACGUGCGGUUACACGUACAUUUAUGCAUUCACAUUUACACUAUCUAGUCUCACAAGACGAUGUACGAUAUAUUUUCCUUUCUCCCUUAACCGUUACGGAAGCACGAGUCUGAAAUAUCUUUUCUGAUUUUUCUCCGUCGUCCUUCGAUGAGAGCGCGGAUAUGGCUACAGAAAUCAUACCCGAUAGACUCGUAUAUAAUAGAUCAGUAAGUAAUGACGGAACGUUUUUCGCGAGACGCGCUGAGCCAAUGUCGAUGGAGGAAAGUGAAAUCACCGCGCGUCGGACAAUGUAGAAAUGAGGCGGGUCGUAUCAACACAAUAGUUCCGCGGAUACGCGGAUGAUAAAGUCGACAAUAUUAAAGCGGCGAUGUACGUUGUAGUUUUACUCACCUUUUGCUGAUGCGAUAUACGCCGCGCGCGAUAUUGAGUGCAAUAACGUUUUACGCGGGACGAAUAUGCGAGAAUACACACGACUAAUAUGUCUCAGACUUUCUGCGAUCACACAUGUGACACACAAUGUACAUAUUAUUUCUCAUCGUAUGCUCCUCUGAGACGAGAUUUACGAUCUUGCGUAAUAAUAUAUGUUGUUAUAUAUAAAUAUAAAUAUAAAUAUAUAUAUAUAUAUAUAUAUAUAUAUAUAUAUAUAUAUAUAUAUAUAUAUAUAUUUAUAUAUAUAUAUAUAUCGUCACGCCUUACAAAAAAAAGAAGGCACUCGCGCGCAAGAGAUCAUUUUGCGUUCGCAGACAAUCGAAAGGAUCAAGAACACUGUCUUGAUCCACUUAGCGCUCUCCUCACGUCCUAUGUAGUUUCAUUGGUGCGCCUCUUCUCGCCGAGUCUUCCUGCUUCGUCUCGUCGAGGAGGGUAGGAUAGAAUAGGAUCGAAGGGAUCUUAGCGAAACUUGGUAUAAGCUAAUAUAAAAGGAUAAAUUAAAGGAGAAAGAGUACGAGAAGAGGCAUACUCGAGAUUUCAUGCGAUAUAUUUUUCUCGUCGAUCCUGCGUUUCUUUCAGCGCGGUUACGGCGCGCGCACCGAUCAUCAAUAUAUAGUAACGUUAAUGAUUAUUAAUUAAUCAGCGCGCGUAAUCUUUGUAGAUGUAGUCGACAGGCUCGACGAGUUUGGCGACGAGCUUUCCCUUCGUUUUUGUACAUCCGGUAUUGGCAACUCGACGAGCGACUUCUUCGAGCUUAUUCGCGCUAAUUACAACAAAUUGUACGAUAUCGCCGAGGAAAAGAAAAGUAACGAUGAAGAGGCUUUCUUACGCGAGAACUUUGCUUUAAGGGUGCGGGGAUAGGAGAGAUCAAAUGGUUAUAUUUUCUUUGUUUUCGAAGCUCUUCGUGGAGCAUAUCAUUGAACGGAAAGACAGUCGCUGUUUAUCGUCGAGUUGCGGUAUAUGUAUAAAGAUUCAAGGUCGAGCUCGUAUCCUUUUUCUCGUCUCGCGUCUCUCUCUAUUGUGUAAGCGAAAUUCCGGAAUUUUUGCCUCGCGACUGAGGCAUCGUCGUAACUUUGUCAUGGCGGAAUCCGGAGCAUUCUCGUUAUAUCCGCGUCAUGGAUAGAAACACGUUCUGAACACGACGAGUUCGAUUGUAUGUUUCUCUCUUUGAAAAUGUUUAAUUACAGUACCUAUACACAUAUACACCGUAUAUGUAUCACCGCGACGAAAGGAUGCGGGUUCGCGGGCAUUUCUUUGCGACUCGAAGAUAUCAGUUAUUAUUGAACGUGUUCCAAUAAUAAAGAUUUAACGUAGCUCUCUCGCCCCUUUUUUUCAGCGGGCGAUUCGAUCUUGCUCUUCGAUCGGGCGACUUCGCGCAGUCUCACCGCGUAAUUACGAACACACAUACAAACACAUUGUCGUUCCAGCUACUCGGGCUCACCGGCGUAAUUUUGGAAACUCGUGACUCACGUAGCCCGCGAGUAUCGGCGGCAGAAUUUCAUUAUUCCUUCUGCGGUAGCGCGAUACGUUAUUACGAUUAUUAUGUACCGAUCUGUUGUAUUAUAUAAUUGCGUCCUUACAAGGAGGUUCAAGUGUGACUCUAGUUUCACACUAAUUAGCUCUCUAUUUAUCCUCCGUUCCGCAUUCGUUCAACGGACAUUAUACACACGAUUUCUUGCUUAUUAUCCUCGAUAUUAUACUUUAAGUAACAAUAAAAGAAAAGACGAAAUCUCUGUAUCUGUCAAAGUGUAUAUCAUUCCACGCUCCGAAAAUCCAAACAAACGUGUCUCUCAUUUGCGACAGGCACCACGACACGGAUACUAAAUUUGCGCUUUGUGUUAAACGCGGACCUUGAAUAUCUCUGCAGGGGGCUGCGCGAUCUGCGCCCAAAAUCUAUUUUUGUACUAAAAAGAGAAAUGAAACUCGAGAGGGGAAGGCUGUGUCGCUUCUCCCUUCUUUUCCUAUGCGUCUAGUAAAGGUCUCUCGUUCGUCACGAUCGUGGCAGUUCUCGUAGCGCUCUUUAGUCUGUACACGAUCUAGACGUUUGUAAAAAGACACCGAGUAGCUGAUAAGUCUCCGAUGCAUACGAAAAUUCGUGGGAAAGAGAGAGUGCGUUAUCCACGGCAAAUUUCUAGAAGCGCGAUUUUGUGAAGGAUUUUCUUUCGUUCCGAUUUUAGCCGCCCGUCAAAUUACUCUUGUUUAUUUGCGGCUGAUUGAUUGUCAAUGACAUAUUUCUACACGUUGGUGAGAUUCGAAAGAUAAUCCGUUAUUUAUGAAAAUUUAAUUCUAAACAGUAUAUUCUCCCGAAAUCCUUACUUUUUUCAAAAUUAAGUUUGAAUUGUUCUUUACUUCAGACGUUCUCCGUUAAUGACAUUAUAUUCUGUUGCAAUAGACGCACGACUCACGCAAACAUGAAAUAAGAAACGCAAGUUUCUUACGUGAAGAAACGCAGAUACUGUUUAGAAUUAAUCACAGAAGGCGUGAUAUGCUCGUGAGAGAUCGAAACACAUUCUUAGCAAUCUACUUUUGUUCCUGCGUGACUGAUCAAUGGUUGGUCUAGUCAGAUGAAUGAUGAAAAAAGCGACAAAGUCUUAAUGACAAAUGUCAAAUAAGUUUACAAUGGAUUUUACAACAUUUGUGCUUGUUUUAUUUCUCUUAACAGAGAUGUGGCUAUUAUCUCCUCUCGAUACAACCGCGAUCUCUAUUCUCGAUCUGUCCAUCUUUCUUCCUUUCUUUUCCUCAUUUUUCCUUUGAUGUUCUCUCUUUCUCUCUCUCUCUCUCUCUCUCUCUCUCUCUCUCUCUCUCUCUCUCUCUCUCAAUCUUUUCUAGUCUUGUUCUAGAUGUUACACUUUGACCUUUUUGGAAGAUAAGGGGUAGAGUACAUUUUUAUUGACACGAUUUCGGGGACCGAUAUAGCGAGUGCGCGCGCGCUCGUCUGUCUCAGUUCUGAACGGGAAAAUCGGAAAAAUCUGCGCAUCAAAUAAGAAAUGAAUUCUCAAACGAAGGAAAGUAGAAACAAGACGUUGGGAGCAGGGCGACAUAUUUUUCUAUCAGAAUCGCGAACUGGGACAAUGUUCGUGUACGUAACGCAUUCGUAGCGACAGUACAUUCUUUUCAUUUCAUCAAAUAUAAUAAAGUAUAGUGAAAAGUUGUUACGUUUUAUCUAUGUGAAAUUAUUUGAGGAUUAAUUUUUUUUUCGCAUAACGCACCUCUUGAUCUUAAAACAUUUACAUUUAUUUUUCCGUAGAAAGAAUUUAAGAAAUGCGUUGUGAUGAGCGCAUUCGGAUUGUGAUCGUUUGCGAAAUUUGUCGAGAUGGAUAUCAGUUGCUAAAUAUUGUCGCUCUUUAUUAAUUGCAAAUGCUACAAAUGCGUGCGUAUCGCGCGCGUAAUCGCGGAAUGUAGUUGAGCGGUUGACUAGCGCGUUAAUUAGCUUUUAAGUUAAAUAAAAGGAGUAGCAAGCAAAAAUGUGAAAAUGAAAAAAA